AUGUUGGUUUAUAAUAGAUUACCAGAGUUAGAACUUAUAUUUAAAUCAAAUAUACCUGGUCUUGAUAUUGAUCAAGUUGAAACAACAAGUAGACAAAUAGUAUAUAGGUACAAUAGACAACUGCUCAGGAAUACAUUGCCACCAAAGAUCACAGAGUUAACAUUCUGUCAUCAGUACAGCAGGCCGAUACCCACAUCCGACCUGCUACCAGCGUCGCUCACAUCAAUUACAUUUGGCAAAUGCUUUGAUUCAUCUCUCAAUGGUGUACUGCCACCAUCACUUGUCACAUUGGUCUUCACUCCAGCGUCAAUAUUCAACAAAGAGUUCAACGUCGGCUCGUUGCCAAACACUCUGACAACAUUGAAGUUUGGAUAUCUCUACAAUCAACCUUUCAAAUCAAACGUAUUGCCAGACUCCCUCUUGUAUUUGAUCUUUGGUGAGGACUCAUUGUUCAACAAACCAAUAUUUCCCGACAUCCUCCCGCAAUCACUGGUGACACUCUCGCUUGGUUCGGGCUACUUACAUGAGAUCAACGCGAGAAAGUUGCCCAGAUCGUUGCGAUCCCUGUCGUUGGGAGGCGGCCAGAUACAAUAG